UUGUAGGGUUUCGCAGUAAUUAGGAGAAAGUUGGAUGUCAAAGUGAGGAACGACUCCCCCCUCCAAAAAUCCCGCACUCGAAUCGAAUACCUCGCUCUCCCCCGCGAGCAGAGAGGGAGAUGGAGAGGGAGAGAGUGAGGGAGAUUGAGUACAUGAAACUGUGUAUGAGGAAGCUGGCCCUGUGGUUUACUAGGACCUUCAAGCCCAUCAUGACCCACGAGGAGCUCGAGCCAAUCAUGGCCACACUCGGCUUCGUUGGCCUUCCUCCCUCCACUCCCAACGCCGCCAUUCCUUGGAAGGAGUACCUCUACACGGCGGGAGGCAGCUGGCGUAGCAAUUCAUCUUCGGGUUUGAGUCCUGCAGAGGCGCCGCCGAAGCCGAGGCUUCCCUACCCGAGGAUCGACGGCCUUCACAUCUACACCUACAGGGCCUUCCUUGACGCCGUUAACUUCUACAUCGACCUGUCUGACAUCUCCGAUCUCUUCCAUAUCAGGGGAAUGCCUUUCCACUCGGUACAUGAUCAUAAGAGGAAGUGGCGUCGUAUGGAAGAGGAUGAAAGUGUGUUUGUUUACAGGGAAGGAACACUGGAUCAGGGAACAUACAAUGUAUAUCACUUUGAUAAGAGCAGCAGCAGUAACGACAGCAGAAAUGGGUGCAAUUCCAUCGUCAUAAGAAAUAAAGGCAACAAUACCCCAGUCAGCUGCAUUGUCUCUUUAAAAGACAUCAUAGUAUGAUAACUACCAAGUUUGCAUAUAUAUCAAACAAAAUUUAAAGUCA